CACGAAACUGGGCCACGUCUCUUCUCCCUCGUAACCCAGUGGUGCUCAGCAAAACCAGUUUUCUCUGCAUAACAAACUAUGGCAGCAAAUGCAGUUUAACACAAUGAAUUAGUUCUUCACUUUUGCCUAAAAUGGCCAAGCAAAAUUCUCCAUCACUGGUUGAAGUUGUAAAAGAAGUUGAAGAGCGGCAGCAUUUGCAGGCAUCAGAGAUAGAAAAAAGCAAAACCAUUCUUUUCCAAUUGCAGGCAAAGUUUCAGGAACUAGAAAAGGAAAUGAAUUCUAUUCUGUUAGAAAAAAAGACAACAGAAAAGGAAAUACAUCUGCAAGAUGAUGCCAUAGAAGUGACAAAAUAUCACUGUGAAAAUCUGGAGGCCCAAGUCAGAGCUCAGUAUACUGAAAAUUUAAAGCUGAAGUGUGAUGCAGAAGCAGUGCAAGAAGAAUUUGAGAUGAUACUUGCAAGAAAUAAUGAAUAUCGGGAAAAAAUAAAGAAUCAUAAACAUCUCUUUUGGGAGAUGGAUAAUAAAAUGCCAGUUAUGAUUGAGCUUGCUAAAAAGAAGGCUAUUGUUGAAGAAUUAAAGACAAAGAAAGAGGAGUUAAUGCGUGAUCUCCAGAAUCCAGAAGGAUCUGUAAUAAAACAAGUACAGGAAGAAAUUACACUUCUAAAAAGUGAAAUCACAACAUUGAAAGAUUUCAUCAAUCAAAAAACAGAUUUGCUGGAAGAAGAGAAAAAAAAGCAUGCUAAGCUUAGAAAAGAAAUUGAGGUACAGAAUAAAAGAUAUGAUGCUAUUUUAAAACGUUUGCAUUGCCAGCUGAACAAAGUCCAUUCAAAUAAAAGACAAUGGCACUGGAACAUUCAGCAGUUGGAGAAGAAGGCAACAGAACUAAGAAAGUGUCUUGGAGUAGUGGACUUACAAAAUAUAAUGUAACAAACAUAACAAAGCUAGAAUAUAGGUAAUCUUUUCCAGGCAGGGGAGGCUUUUUUUCUGCAAAUACUACAACUCUUAAAUAGCAUGGUAACUGGGCCAGACCUCAUUGAUUUCUUUCUUUUUAAAUUUUUUUGCACUUUCAUUUUCUAGACUAAACUAAAAUGGUUUUUUUGUUUGGUUGGGUUUUUUUGGUUUUGGGAGUUUUGUGUUGUUGGUUUUUGGUUUUG